GGCAGGGCCGGGCGGGGGGCGCCCAUUAAACACCAACGGGGCGGCCGAGGCGAGCGGCRGCGAUGGCGCUGACGGCGGGGAGGCGGCGGCACGACUUGGACAACGGCUCCUUGGAAAUAACACAGAGUUUGGAAGAUGAUCCUCUACUGGAUGCACCACUCAUUUCAUCUCAUACAUUGCAUUCCCAGCUGAGGCCAAGAUUUCAUGCUAUCCCAGCAGUUCUCCUUGCCAAUUUCCUGUUGCUAAUUCAUGUUGCUUUUGUUGUUCUAGCAUUUUUAGCAGCUAUGUUUUGUUCUUACCCCAAUCCAAACCAAGAUAAGUGCCCUGGAAACUACACUCACCCACUUAAAGUGCAGACUGUCAUAAUAAUUGCAAAAGUAAUUCUGUGGGUUCUGCAUGUCUUUUUUGAACGRUAUGUCCAGCACCACCACAGCAGAGUCAGAAGAAGAGGUUACUUCUCCAUAUAUCGAUCAACAAGGCAUCUAAAAAGGCUUCCACUGCUGAUACACUCCACAGGUAAUACAGCCCUGCUCUUGAUUCUGUCGGUGCAGCAUUCGUUUCCUGAUCACAGUAAAGUGUACCUGUAUCUUAUCCUGGGAGUCCUGAGCCUGGAGAUGAUUAGUUCCCUGACAUGCUUAGUGAUUUACACAGUGAAAAUAAGCAACUUCAAUCGUGCCAAGCCAAGACCUGACAUAAUUGAAGAAGAAAAGAUGUACACCUAUCCUAGUCACAUUACCUCAGAAGUUGGAUUCAGGGAAAAUUCCAGUUUAGAAGAGAUAGUUGAGAAGCAAGGAGAUGUAAUAGAGUAUCUUCAGCGACACAAUGCACUGCUCAGCAAGAGACUGUUGGCAUUAACAUCUCAGCAAAUCAAAACUUAACAGCAUUUGGAAAACCGCUGCUGGAGCACUGGAGGGGAGCAUGAAGUACGUAAUAUCCAGACUGAUUUGUACAGAUGUGACUCUUCUUCAGUUGUCUUUCAUGUUUUGAAAUAGAAGUUAAGCUGGAGGGAUAAACUCUGCGUACACCAUAAACAUAUCACAACUGGACACUCUGACUGUCUUCAAAUCAUCAGUUCUGGAUAAAAGUUCUGCAGUGUCAAGGAUUUUUAAUUCCUCGUAAGUUAAAGUUAGACCUGAGUUAAUGGUUUAACUUUGCCCAUUUGUUGCUAUUAUUUUGAACUGCUGUGUAACCUUUAAGCUUCAGGCUACCGAAGUAUUUUAUAUUUCUGUAAUGUAAAUUUGUUCUCUAGAAAAAUCUGACAUUGCAAGGGAUGUAUUUGCAGUUUCUACUGCUGUAGCUGAGACUAAAUGUGUUCUGUCACUGAUUCCCUUCACUUCAGGGACAGACAGAGGUGGUGUACUUCACUAAUCCGAUACAGAUACUUAUUUUCUGGAUGUUUCUCCUUUUCUUCUUUGUCAAGAAAAUGGAGAAACAUGGCAUCCAGUUUGUGGUUAUAAAACAGUAGUGAGUAUUCUAAAACURCAAAACAUAGAAGUUUUUGAUACAAAACAAUGCCAUGAUAAGAAAUUGUUCAAAAUUCUGGCUUUAAAACUCUCAAGAGGGAUCCUCAGGGGAGGUGACUAUCCCAUUACCAGGAGUUUGUGUUAGCUAGUAACAAGGUUCCUACUCUGCCAAUUGAACUAACGAUGCAAAAAUAUUUGAGCAUAAGCUUUUCCAUUGAUCUAGUAACUAACUUGUGUUGAAUGCUUUUAAGGAUUAUGUGAAAAAUGCCUGUUACAUACUUGCUCUUUACUUUGGCCCCACAAAAAAUGUCAGCAUCUUGAUUUGAAAGUUGAAAUGGUGUAUGUGGGGAAAUGGAAAACAGCAGAAGACAGAAAAGUCUUUUAGAAAACAAUAAUUUUUGUUUUUAAUUUAUGGUGAAUUAAGGCUGGUGAAAGAACCAUUUUGUUCUGGGUACUAUUUUGUCUACCAAUGUAGAUGAAGAAUUGUUUUAGAAGCUAAUACCUCAGUGGGGAUAGGGUAAUCACUAAUCAAAACAGGGAAGAAGACUCUCAUAAGGAGUGGUCUUGUUGGAUAUAAGAAAGGAAAAUUAAUUCAUCYGACUUUGGUGUUGGGGCACAACUUUAUAAGUACCUAAAUUGCUUAGUGUGCAACGAAUAUGGGGUUGUCGCAUUCAAAGAAAAACAAUGAAUAUCGGAGGGUUUGCUGCUAUCCAACACUAGAUUGUUCUCCUUAACUGUUGUUUCUUGRAAAUGCAGCCAGAAUUUUACAGUAUACUUGUAAGGAAUAAAGUUAYUUGUUUUUAGAACUCAGGUUUUGAUGUGAUUGUGUAUGUCAAUUUAUAUAAUUUCUAUGAAAAGCAGUAAAAAUAUGACUGUGAAGUUCAUGCACAAUAAAUGCAACCAAGGAAGA